AUGCCAUCCACGGUACCAACAUCAAGGUCACCGUCAAUGACGGCUACCAUAUCGCUAAUUCAACCACUUCGGCCCGAUCUUCACGAGCGAGCAUGGGCAUCGAUACCCCAUCCAACCCUCCCACUAAUUGCAACAGCCCACGCAAAGGCUGUUACCGUCUUUUCUCUGUCUACACUUUCGUCCCACAGCAACCUGACUGGCGGUCAUACUCGUUCCGUUCGAUCUGUAGCUUGGAAGCCGGGUUUGCCACCGCACAAACUAUGUCUCAUUUCUGGGAGCUUCGAUGCCACCGCAGGACUAUGGCGCUGGGAUGACGACUCUGCGGCCGACGCCGACGCAGGAAGAGAUGGCCACGAGGUUGAAAUCACAAUGUCUGGACGCGGCCUUAGCGGCCACGGCGAUAGCGAUAGCGAAAUCGGCGAUUCUGGUGAUAAGGACUGGGAGUUCACACUGGUCCUGGAGGGCCACGACUCGGAGAUAAAAGGCUGUGCGUUCUCGCCCUCUGGAGCAUACCUUGCUACUUGCUCUCGUGACAAAUCUGUAUGGAUUUGGGAGGAUAUUGGUGCAUCUGAAACAGACGACGAAUGGGAAACUAUCGCCGUACUCAACGAGCACGAAGGAGACGUGAAAGCAGUCGCUUGGUGUCCAGAUGUGCCGGGCAGAAACAAUCGUCGCCAGUACAGCUCAGAUGUCCUCGCCAGUGCUAGCUACGACAACACGGUUCGCAUAUGGCGUGAGGACGCCGACGGCGAAUGGGUCUGCGUUGCAGUAUUGGAAGGCCACGAAGGAACUGUCUGGGGCGUUGAAUGGGAGCCUCAUCCAAAGAAUGACCGAUUUCCGCGAUUGUUGACCUGCUCGGCGGACGGCACGGUACGCCUGUGGGCAUUACAUGAAGAACUUGACGAUCAAGAAGACAACAACGGAUUCGGCGGCACCAGUCGAAGUGCUCUUGGAGGAAUUCCCAACACCAUGAGGAGAUCCUUGAGAGAGGAAUGGACGUGCACUGCCGUCCUCCCAGCGGCACACGAUCGAGACGUCUACUCAGUCACGUGGAGCAAACAUUCUGGAGUGGUAGCCAGCACAGGGCGAGACGGCAAUAUUGCAUUGUACAAGGAAGUUGACGGCCCAGUUACAUCUACGGAAGAAACCGCAGUCCGGAGUAAUGGUGACGGUCUCCAUGGCGUCUCCGGUGUGCCAAACACCACCGGUGCUCAUGCUCACCCGUCAAACCUACCGCCGUCCUCAAGAGCAUGGGAAUUGUUAACUACCAUGCCGAACUCACAUGGUCCGUUUGAAGUAAAUCACAUAACAUGGUGUCGACGUUAUGAUGCCCGUUCUCAGAACAGAGGGGAGGAGGAGAUGUUGAUAACUACUGGUGAUGAUGGCAUAGUCCGCUCAUGGCAGGUCAAGGUUGAUGAGCUGUAG